ACAUCAGGACAUCUGAAGAAUUUCUCAAGAGUUUUUCUUGCUGUUUCAGUAUUUGAUUUGGUUAUAGAAAUUGUUGCUCAUUUCAAGAAAUGGAAUUUGAAUCUGAUCAAUCCAUGGGAGGUUCAGGCUCUUGUGCAGUGGUCUUACAUGGCUUGGCUAUCUUUCAGAGUUAAUUAUAUUGCUCCUUCCGUUGUGUUUCUUUCUAAAUUCUGCAUUGUACUUUUCAUGAUUCAAUUGCUCGAUUGGCUAGUUCUCUGUUUUGGGGUUUUUUGGAUGAAGUUCAAGAAAUUGAAACCAGUGAUUGAAGGAGAACCAUAUGACAUUGACGAUUGUUCAAGUUUCCCAAUGGUUCUUGUUCAGAUUCCAAUAUGCAAUGAAAGAGAGGUAUAUGAGCAAUCAAUCUCUGCUGUCUGCCAGUUGGAUUGGCCAAAGAACCGAUUUCUAGUUCAAGUCCUAGAUGAUUCAGAUGUUGAAAGUUUACAGAAUCUAAUAAGAAAUGAAGUAUUUUCAUGGAAACAAAAAGGGGUGAACAUAAUCUACAGACAUAGAUUCAUAAGAACGGGGUACAAAGCAGGCAAUCUUCAAUCAGCCAUGGGCCGUGACUAUGUCAAGGACUACGAGUUUGUCGCAAUCUUCGAUGCAGACUUUCAGCCCAAUCCUGAUUUCCCUAAACUGACAAUACCUCACUUCAAGGGAAAACCCGAGGUGGGUCUGGUCCAAGCACACUGGUCGUUUGUCAACAAGGAUGAGAAUUUACUCACAAGGCUUCAAAAUGUUAAUCUGUGCUUCCAUUUUGAGGUAGAGCAGCAAGUUAAUGGCAUGUUUAUUAAUUUCUUUGGAUUCAAUGGAACUGCUGGAGUGUGGAGGAUUAAGGCCUUAGAGGAGUCAGGAGGUUGGCUUGAAAGAACAACUGUAGAGGACAUGGACAUUGCAGUUCGAGCCCAUCUGAACGGGUGGAAAUUCAUUUUCCUUAAUGAUGUGAGGGUGCUUUGUGAAUUACCCGAAUCUUAUGAAGCGUACAAGAAACAACAGCAUCGCUGGCAUUUGGGUCCAAUGCAGCUCUUCAGAUUAUGCCUUCCUGCUAUCUUGACUUCCAAGAUAUCAAUGUGGAAGAAGGCCAACAUGAUAUUUCUCUUCUUUCUUCUGCGAAAACUGAUACUUCCUUUUUACUCAUUCACACUAUUUUGCGUCAUACUUCCAUUAGCAAUGUUCAUACCCGAGGCAGAAUUACCUCUUUGGGUGGUUUGUUAUGUCCCGGUUUUCAUGUCUUUUUUGAAUGUCCUACCUUCUCCGAAAUCUUUCCCAUUCUUGAUACCAUACCUACUGUUUGAGAACAACAUGUCUGGGACAAAAUUCAAUGCCAUGGUGUCGGGACUAUUUCAACUUGGAAGUGGUUAUUCUGUCAUCAAUUCUGGUGUCAUGAAGGAUCGCGAGAUGCCUUUCUUUGCCCGACAUAUUCUGUCAUCUUUGUAGAGCAAGUAGUGUAGCUGGCUGUAGUCAUCUACCCCUUUCUUCUUCUCUUGUUAGAAGUGAAUCAAACCAAUGCGUACAAAUUGACAAACCAAGAGGAUCCAAUUGCAAUAG